GUAACAUAUAAACAGUAUGGAAGUUGUUAAGUCUGAUUUCUAUUUUUGAUAGUUGUGUAAAUAAGUGUUUAAUGUAAUGCGAUACCUAUAUGGACUUCCAGCAGCAGAAAGCAAGUCCCCUGGUAAAUGGGGAAACCGGCUUGCAGUAGUAUGUGGCUGCAUUGCUCCUGUGCUUUUCCCUCCUAUACACAUUGGUAUUUUAUAUUAUUUCUGGGAUGACUUUUCUCGCCGUGUGAACAAACAUUUCUGCUCAUGUUCUUGCUGGGAUACGGUUUUUAAAGGGACAUAUGAAACAGGUGUACCAUCAUAUAAGCAUCUGUACUUCAAUGCUACAAGUAAUACAUUCAAAAUAUGGAUUCUCACUGUUGUUAGUGUGAUAGCCCUUUAUGAAUGUAUACGUCAUCUUACAGUUCUAAUGCUCCAGCGGCAGUUAAGGUUCUCAAUGCUAGUUCUGUUUCUGUCAUCUGUUUUUGCUCAUUAUUAUUCAUGGUGGACAUAUGUUAAUUACUGGAAUGAUGACUAUUACUCACAGUGGAACCAUCAGCUCUUUUUUACUGUCUCAGAACUCUGCUCAACAAUUCUUGUUAUACACCUGGCACGUUCAGACAACCCUGUCACAGUUCGCAAAGUCCUGGGAAUAAUAGGCAUAGCACUGAUUCAUGUCCUGGCUGGAGGAUGGGAUCAGUUUAUUGCAAAUGUUCUUAGAGGUGAAGGAUAUUCACACCAGGUCUUGCGAGAUCUGGGAUUCAUGAUUCCAGACCUUCUUCAUUUGUGUUUUCCACUGUAUGAAUUAAGACACAGCCGCAAAGAGAGAUGUAGACCUCAUUUCACUGAAUUCUUUGGCCUUGUGAUUUUAGUGUCUUCAGGAUUCUUGGUUUCUUCAGUGCUGUAGUUCAUUCAAGUUUUAGUGUUUAACAUUUCCUCAUUUUGAGUCUAUGUUGAAUAUUAUGAGCUUCUUUGGAGUUACCUACUAUAGGGAGUUCAAAAAGUCACGCACAUCACACUAAGCAAUUAUAUUUUUCUGGUUUAAUGCACAAAAUACAAGACAUACAGCAC